UUUGUUGUUUUCUAUCAGAUUCUCCCACCUUAUUUUGGAAAGGGUGAAGAUGACAGCAUUUAAAGUACUUCCAUUUUUUGGGUUGUAUCAAGUAUCUCUUGGAGCUCAGCUGAAAAGUAACAUUGUAGGAGGGGAAAAUGCAGACCAGAAUCAUUGGCCUUGGAUGGUUGCCAUUUUUGUGAAAGAGCAGAACCCACACAAUGCUGCAGACACCAAAGCUAACUUUGCAUGUGGAGGCACUCUCAUUGAUCCUAAGUGGGUUCUGACUGCAGCACAUUGUGUCCAGUGCCUUGAUGCAAAACAAAUCAGGGUGCAUGUUGGCAUAUAUGAGAGAGAUGACCCCAGAAAUGAAAGGGAAGUGGAAUUCUUCAUUCAACAUGAGGCGAAUGCUCACGGCAUACAGAGGAACGACAUCGCCCUCCUCAAGCUCUCUCAGCCUGUGAAAGAUGUCCAGCUGGUCACCCUCUCCAAAGCCUCUGAUGUUUUCUCCUCCAAUGUUGAGUGCCGUGUUGCUGGCUGGGGCAACAUAAAGCAAAAUGUUCCACUGAGCAAACCAGGAAAGCUGCAAGAGUUGGCAGUCCCCCUUGUCAAUACUCAGACAUGCAAAGAAAGUUACAAAGAUUCCCUGACUGUUUUUGAUGAAAGCAUUCUCUGUGCUGGGCUUGGAAAAACCCAAAACCAAAAAUUAUCUGGAACUUGUCAGGGAGACUCAGGAGGUCCUCUGAUGUGCCCAAACAAGAAUCAAAAUAGGCCCUGGGUACAGCUGGGCAUUGUGAACCAAGCAGACGGAUGUGGUGAAAAACCUUCAAUUUUUGCCAACGUUUCGUACUACAAACUCUGGAUCUUUGACAAGUCGGGUGUGAAGCUGUAGAAGAGUGUCUCUGGACCAAAGAUGGCUUGGCGCGCAAAACUGCUCUAUUUUUUCACCCUUGACCUGUUGAUAUGUACCCUUCUCUACGCAAACUGCCUCUGACAUCCAUGAAAUACAUUUCCAGCAGGCUUACGCUAAACAAUAAACACUGUGCAUAUAAACAUUGAAAUGUCAUCUCUUCCAUUGUAGAAAUA